UGGUUAAGAGCUGUUGGCAAGCUGAACUCUACGUGUGCUUAGUGAAGAAAGAAAAACAGAAGUGGGCAAGAGAGAAGAUAGAGGUGGACAACUUGAAAGGACAAAACCACACUAAGAAAGAAGGACUGAAAUACACUCAAGAAAAAUCCACAUCCUCAUCCUAUCAGGAAUAGUUGAAGACCACAGCUCCAAAUUCCUACAUUCUGCUGCAUCCAAGCUGCCGUCCAAACUGGAGUAUGUCCUGCCAUCCUUGCCACCCAUGCCGCUGAUGCAGGCAGUCAACAUGAUCUCCCAGUACCCUCUGGCCACCCUCCUGCCAUGGUCUGCGAGUCCUCAGCACCACCACUGCCCUGACCUGGACUGCACCUUACUUCUUGAGGGGGAGGGAGGUGUUGCCCUGCAGAGGUACCAACGUCGCUCCCCAGAGAGCAGCCCACAUCACUGGAGCUCGGUGCAGGACUGGGGGGAGGAAGUUGAGGAAGGAGCCAUCUACAACGUGACACUGAAGAGGGUUCAGAUUCAGCAGGCUGCCAACAAGGGAGCGAGAUGGCUGGGGGCAGAGGGCGAUCGUCUUCCUCCCGGCCACACUGUAAGCCAGCUGGAGACCUGCAAAAUCCGAAGUAUCCGUGCUGGAUCGCUGGAGCGUUUGGUAGAGACGUUAUUGACGGCAUUUGGAGACAAUGACCUCACCUACACCUCCAUCUUCCUCUCCACCUACAGAGCCUUUGCCAGCACGCAGACUGUACUGCAGUUACUGUUAGACAGGUAUGGAAGUGUGGAGGAAAAUGUGCAGGAUGCAGACAAAUGUCACAGCUCUGAGAACAAUGGAGCUAUUAGAAAUGCCUUGGCUUCAAUCCUACGUGCUUGGCUGGACCAGUGUCCUGAAGACUUCCAGGAGCCUCCAGACUACCCUUGCCUACAUAGGCUGAUGGACUAUUUGCGCAAGGCUCUGCCAGGUUCAGAGGCUCUUAGACGGGCAGAAGGCCUGCUGCAGCAGCUGCAGGGUCAGGCAAACUUGGAUGAGACUGAUGCUGGUUUCCAUGGCAACCAUUCUUUCUGCCUUGGGGAAGAGGAGGAAGUGGAGAUUGAGGUUCAGGAGGACUUCCUGUCGUUUGAUGCUGACCUGGUGGCUGAGCAACUGACCUACAUGGAUGCGCUGCUGUUUAAAAAGGUUGUACCCCAUCAUUGCCUGGGCUCGAUCUGGUCUCAGAGAGACAAGAAGGACAGUAAGCAUAGCGCUCCCACCAUCCGGGCCACCAUUACUCAGUUCAAUGCUGUUGCGGCCUGUGUGGUCAGCACAGUGCUGAAGCACAGACAACUCAGACCGCAUGUCAGAGCACGGGUCAUCCAGCGCUGGAUAGACAUCGCUCAGGAGUGUCGUAUACGCAAAAACUUCUCAUCUCUACGAGCCAUCGUGUCGGCGCUGCAGUCCAAUCCUCUGUACAGACUGAAAAGAGUAUGGGCUUGCGUGCACAAAGACAGCAUGCAGACAUUCGAGGAGCUGUCAGACAUUUUCUCCGACCACAACAACUACCUGACCAGCAGAGAGCUACUCAUGAGGGAAGGUACUUCAAAGUUUGCCAGUCUGGAGAGUUGUGCCAAAGAGCACCAGAAGCGCACUCACAAGAGACUACAGCUGCAGAAGGAAAUGGGAGCAAUGCAAGGAACAAUACCAUACUUGGGGACUUUUCUAACAGACCUGACCAUGUUGGACACAGCUCUGCCUGACCUAGUAGAGGGUGGUCUGAUCAACUUUGAGAAGAGACGCAGGGAAUUUGAGGUGAUAGCUCAGAUCAAGCUGCUUCAGUCGGCCUGUAACAGCUACUCCCUGACCGCAGACCCGGCUUUCCUCCACUGGUUUAAGAGCCAGUCUCUGCUCACUGAGGAGGAGAGCUACACAUUGUCUUGUGAGAUUGAAGGUCUUGGUGACAGCAGCCCGACGUUACCCAAACCUCGAAAAAGCAUGGUGAAGAGACUCAGCCUGCUGUUUCUUGGAACAGACAGCACUGCAGCCAGUUCUCCAGUCAGAGAGACACCACGCUCGCCUCCUACUGGCAGCUCAGGGGAAAGCAUGGACUCGGUUAGUGUGUCGUCCAACGACUCAAGCAGUCCAUCAGACAGCGAGGGACUCACCACACUGACUCAUGCCUCUGACUCCCAUGAAAACAAGUUAUCAGAAUCCUCCUCCUGUACUUCACUCCACUCCAUGGACACCAACUCAUCCACUACCAGUGUCUCCAUGACUCCCACAUCUCCCUCCCUACCCGGGCCCCCCUGCACCCACAGACGCUCUGUCUCCCUUACGCCUAUGUUUCCUAGCUCCCCGAAUCAAACCCCAGCUUACAACACCCAGGCCCAGGAUGCAUGCAUCAUAAGAGUCAGCCUGGAGCAUGGCAAUGGAAAUCUCUACAAGAGCAUACUGUUGACUAAUCAAGAUAAGACCCCAGCUGUGAUUUCUAGAGCCAUGGCAAAACACAACCUGGAGGUGGAGCCAGAGGGGGGAUAUGAGCUGGUGCAAGUCAUCUCUGAGGAUAGAGAACUGGUGAUUCCUGACAAUGCAAACGUCUUUUACGCCAUGAACACCUCAGCUAACUUUGACUUCCUGCUGCGUGUGCGAGGCUCGGCGGGUCGGCCAGUGCAGCUGCGUAGCCGGUGCAGUUCCACUCUGCCUCGAGCUCAGCAUCGCUCGAGCCUCUCGCUCAGACUCAGCAAAGUCACACUGUGACCCAGCAGGUGGCCAUCACCCCUCUAACCCAGGGCGCUGCAGGCCACGAGGAUGUAUGGAUAAAAAGGAAAAACAAAGAACUUGAGAUGAUUUAAGGUGGAACAUCUGCACUCCAGUGAGAUCUUAGACUCUUUGGUUCUCAUCCACCAUUGAGGUGUCAUUGUGAACUGUGCCAUCGCCUCCCAGCCUUAAUAUGGAAUAUGGAUGUGUUGUGUUGUGUGACUGCUGUGACUGUGGGAUUGAACUGUGAACUAGAGGUGCCUGUAACAGAGUGAAACAGUGACCCCAUGUGGCCUCCACUCUUUACAACAACAGAUUUUUGCACAUGUGGGAGCAGCGGAACUCCUGACCUCCAACAGUAUUAUGAUAUUGAAUAAACCCUUUCUCUUUGCUCUGUGAUGUCUGUUUAGCUGAAGCUUUAUUCUUCUCAUAAUAGAAGAGAGGGUGACUGAGUGCUCAGUCCUGUUAAAUGGACCUCUAACAGUUUUCUGAAUGAUAUUAACUGAUUGACAGGAGCUGUGAUGUCAGUAUUUUCCCCAUUUAGGUAUCUUUACCAGCCCCUGUCCGCCUUGUGCACAGCGUGCACAGUGUAUGUAUGUGUGUUUUGCCCCACUUUUAUUGUGAGCUAUGUGACGAAUGCAGUGUUUGGUGCAUUCUGAUUGGUUCCAGUACUUGGUUUUAUCAAGUCCUCAGCAAAUAUGAAAAAGGCCUUACUUAUCUUUAGGGUGCAGAGAUGCAAUUUGUGCUACUUUCUAGUGCAGGAAGAGUAUACCUUGUAAUAUCACUGGUGGAAAGCAGUGGCAACAAAGGAAAAAAGAGAUGAUUGAAACUUACUGAAAUAGAAAGCUGCACACUAAGUGUCUCAGACUAAUGCAUAUUUGUACCUGUUUACCCUUCAUUAUAUGAACUUUGGAGUUGCACUUGUCAGUUGGUAGGAGAUGCCAGUGGGGUGUGAACUUGGAAAAAUGAAGAAACCGCUCUGAAAGUGGUUUUAAUCCAACUCCACUAAAUGAGUUAUUAUUUUUUAUGUCAUUGUUGCUUUUCUAUGUUUUUGUAACAUGAUUCAGGCCAGAAAUGUAUUCAUAUAUUUGAAGACUUUUAACAUUUAUUGUAGAUUAAUUCUAACAGUGCCAAAUUUACUGUGAUACAUUAUGCUUUCAAAUGUCCAAAACAUCUUCACACCAAUAUACACACUCCUUAUUGCCAAAACUAUUAGCGUUCCCUUUCACACAGCAUCAGAUGAGCAUUCAAUAGCUCCUGGUAAUGCCAUAAUUGCAUUUUGGUUAAUGACUCUCAGGUAACACUGCUUUGCUCCUGGGAGGACACUUGUAGACUUAUUUAACACUGAAGUGUUAAUGUGCCAGUUAUACAUCAUCAUACAGCAUGUCAUCUUCAAAUAUCUUAAUAAAAAUCUUUCUUAUUUUCUGUUUUCUACUGCCAAAGACUCUUGCUCUACAAAAAUAAAUAAAUUAUUGUCAUUAUUAUGA